AGAGAGGAGGGAGGGGGAAUAUGAUGAUGAGGAGGAGUGUUAGCUACAAAGUCUCAGGGUAUCAGGCUCAAAAUAGCAUAUCUGGGGAUUAGCUCGACAAGCAGGAGUCUCGCGCAACUGUAAUUACCCGCAGUAUAGUAACGGAAAGCCCCUACAGUAGGACUUUCUAAGGAAAAAUCGCCAUAUACUGUGUUAAACCUUGGGAUUAGCGCGUCCCCCUUUCCCGGUUGCUGUUAUGGGGGGGAUAGACCGGCGGCGGCGAGUAUCUCUGGCUAUUACGUUGAACUUCCUCGCGCUGAUUCUAGCCGUGGUCGCGUUGACUACAAGCUACUGGUGCGAGGGGACACGGAAAGUGGCGAAACCUUUCUGUACGGGACCGGUCACCACCACCAGACAGUCGUUUUGUAUCAGGUUCAAUAGCUCGAACAUUAACGAUAGCAGACUGGUCCAGUACAUCUGGGAGACCGGCGAGGACAAGUACCUCAUGAGGAAGUUUCACACCGGGAUCUGGUUUUCGUGCGAGGAGAACGUCGAUAUGACAGGUGAAAACUGCAGAAGUUUCAUUUAUGUUGCGCCAUCACACGAAAGAGGAGUGCUGUGGCUGUGUAUCGUGGCAGAGUGUCUUUAUAUUCUCCUCCUGGCCACCGGAGGCAUCCUCAUGUCCAUAGAGGCAUGUCACUUAGGAAAUGUCAUCAACGGACUCAAACUCAACGCCUUCGCUGCCAUGUUCACUGUCCUGUCAGGUCUGCUUGGCAUGGUGGCCCACAUGAUGUUCACCACAGCCUUUCAGCUGACAGUCAGUCUGGGGCCAGAGGACUGGAAGCCUCAGUCAUGGGACUACAGCUGGUCAUACAUCCUGGCGUGGAGCUCGUUCACAGCCUGCAUGGCGUCCUCGGUCACCAUCAUCAACCGCUACACCAAGACCAUCCUGGAGUUCAAACACAAGCGCAGGAACGUCCAGAAGAACCUGAAGAUCAAGCAGAAGCUACUUGAGCUGGACUCUGGACCGGGGGUUGGGGUUGGAGUGGGACACGUUGGACACGGGGGUCAUGUGGAGCAAGUGUGGGACAUGUACAUCAGCUCGGUGCCCAACACGGCAGAGGAACUACUGGAUCUCUCCAGUAAUGGCAGGAAGCUGUCCAACGCGUCAGUGUUCCUGGACUUGAAUGAUCUGCCAGAUCCGAUAAGAGAGGAGUACUUCUGAGAGAGGACUAGGGGACUGACCAAGGAACACACAAAUACACACACAUACACACGCAAACACACACACACACACACACACACACACACACACACACACACACACACACACACACACACACACACACACACACAGUUCUUUCCAAACCAAGACAGUAUCCCACCAGAGACAAUAUAUUUCACCUCUUGUUUGGGGUACCUCCUCCUGACCAAGGAACACACAAAUACACACACAUACACACACAUACACACACACACACGCACACACACGCACACGCACAGUUCUUUCCAAACCAGGACAGUAUCCCACCAGAGACAAUAUAUUCCACCUCUUGUUUGGGGUACCUCCUGCAACCCCCCUCCACUGCCGCUUGGCUCAGUGAUGUGCUCUUACUGUUCAGGGUGCUCCUGUCCUGACAACACUUCAAUAUGGGCUUCAGUCUCUGUUUUCCUUUAUUUACUAUCUAGUAACUACGUUUAAGGGUUUAUUUGUUGCUGUAUUACAUGUAUGCAUUGGUUUGCUGAAGCUGUGCUUUUGUGUGUCUGUGUGUGUGUGUGUAUGUGUGUGAGCGUGAAUUUUAUGUUUAAAAUUCCUCAUUUUCCUUUUCUACUGAGGACAUAACACUAAGAGAGAGAGAUAUUUUCCUACAGCAUACCUCUGUGGAAACACUGUUGAGCUGAUGCCACAUUGAGACACAGCUUUGAUAUACUUCAAUAGAAUGGCACAGAGACAUUUCCUCUCUUCUGGAAUGAUUUCCGACACGCACCCAGUUUACAAACCAAAUUGCAUUAGCAACAGUGACUUCAUGUUAGAGAAGAUCCAACUCCAAGUUCCCCUGACGUUCCAAGCUGAAGUAGAGAUGUGUAGAGGAUGAGAGAGAGAUAUAUGUAUAUAUAUAUAUAGAGAGAGAGACAGACAGACAGACAGACAGACAGACAGACAGACAGACAGACAGACAGACAGACAGACAAUACAGUAAUAAAGCAUAGAAAUGGACGAAGUAAAUCAUUUUAUUUAUUUUCAGGGGUUUCUGAAGCAACCUCAGCACCCCUAAUUCCCACGGCUUUGGAAAUGGAAAGGCAGAGAGGAGAGACGGAUAGAGGAGGGAUGGAUAGAGGAUGAUUAAGGGUCAAAAUUGAUCAAUUCGGAAAGUGUGCUUUUAGAAAAUAUUCACACCCUUUGACUUAUUCCACAUUUUGGUGUGUUACAGCCUGAAUUCAACAUAGAUUCAAUAUUUUUUCCCCUCACCCAUCUACACACAAUAUACCCUAUAAUGACAAAGUGAAAACAUGUUUUUAAAAAUGUUGGCAAAUGUAUUGAAAAUGAAACAGUAUUCACACCCCUGAGUCAAUACUUUGUAGAAGCACCUUUAGCAAUGAUUACAGCUGUGAGUCUUUCUGGGUAAGUUUCUAAGAGCUUUCCACACCUGGAUUGUUCAACAUUUACCCAGCUCUGUCAAGUUGGUUGUUGAUUGUUGCUAGACAACCAUUUUCAGGUCUUGCCAUAGAUUUGCAAGUAGAUUUAAGUCAAAACUGUAACUCAGCUUCUCAGGAACAUUGACUGUAUUCUUGGUAAGCAGCUCCAGUGUAGAUUUGGCCUUGUGUUUUAGGUUAUUAUCCUGUUGAAAGGUGAAUUCACCACCCAGUGUCAGGUGGAAAGCAGACUGAAGCAGGUUUUCCUCCAGGAUGUUGUCUGUGCUUAGCUCCAUUCCGUUUAUGUUUUAUCCUGAAAAACUCCCCCAGUCCUUAACGAUUAGAACCAUACUCACAACAUGAUGCUGUCACCACUAUGCUAGAAAAUAUGGAGAGUGGUACUCAGUAAUGUGUUGUAUUGGAUUUGCCCCAAAAUAUAACACUUUGUAUUCAGGACUAAAAGUUAAUUGAAUUGCACAUUUUAUUGUGGUAUUAUUUUAGUGCGUUGUUGCAAACUGUCUUCCUCUUUUUCACUAUGUCAAUGAGGUUAGUACUGUGGAGUAACUACAAUAUUGUUUAUUCUGUAUUCUUCUAUCACAGCCAUUAACCUCUGUAACUGUUUUAAAGUCACCAUUGGCCUCAUGGUGAAAUCCCUGAGCGGUUUCCUUCCUCUCUGGCAACUGAGUUAGGAAGGACACCUGUAUCUUUGUAGAGACUGGGUGUAUUGAUACACCAUCCAGAGUGUAAUUAAUAACAAAAACCAUGCUCAAAGGGAUAUUCAAUUACUGCUUUUUUUAUUUUUACCCAUCUACCAAUAGGUGCCCUUUUUUACAAAGCAUUAGAAACAACCCCUGGUCUUUGUGGUUGAAUCUGUGUCUGAAAUUCACUGCUCGACCUUACAGAUAAUUGUGGGGUACAGAGAUGAGGUAGUCAUUCAAAAAUUAUGUUAAACACUAUAAUUGCAUACAGAGUCCAUGCAACUUAUUAUGUGACUUGUUAAACUUGUUAAGCAAAUGUUUACUCCUGAACUUAUUUAGGUGUGACAUAACAAAUGGGUUGAAUACUUAUUGACUCAAGACAUUUCAGCUUUUAAUUUUUUAUUAAUUUGUAAACAUUUCAAAAAACAUAAUUCCACUUUGACAUUAUGGAGUAUUAUGUGUAGGCCAGUGACAAAACAAAUCUCAAUUUAAUCCAUUUUAAAUUCAGGCUGUAACACAACAAAAUGUGGAAAAUAUUGUGAAUAUUUUCUGAAGGCACUGAUAGAUAAAGGAUGAGGGUGGAGAUAAUUGCCAGGCCAUGCUGAGUGCCUUUGAUUCCAGCUGCUGUAUUGUGAUCAACUUCAAACAGCCUGCAGAUGUGCUGAGAGGGAGACUCGCUGUUACAAAGUUACAAAUGUUCUAUUCCUAUUGUCGUGUCUCUGACGAGACACAGGAGAUUCCGUUACGUGGCUCGUUUCUGUGCAAACGGCCGGAACCGUUGUGAUUUCCUGCUCUUUCUUUCCAUGUGCACUGAGAUGUAUUGCUUUUAUGAUAAUUUAUAGGAAUUUAAAAGGUUUACUUGACAAUUGUAGUGAAAUACGGAAGACUACAGCUGUAAAUGUCCUAGAAUUGUAUCCAUUAUAGACUUCAAGUUGAAUGAACCAGCAUCAAAGAAAUGUAUUUCAAAACAGUAUUUAAGAUACGUAGGAUUUAUACUUUCAUAGUUAGUAUAAAUACCUGGCUUAAAGUUCAUUGUGAUGAUGGAUUUGUGUAAAUAAUGUACAGUAUAUUGCGUUUUUUAAAUGUAUUUAUUAACACUCAAAUUCAUUUAUUUAAUUUAACUGUUGAAAUAAGUGACUCUUUUAAAAAGUAUUUACAUUUUUCCAGCCAAGUUUAAUUUCUUCUUCUUCGUGCGUUUCCAAUAAGUUUCAAGCUACAUAUGGUUAUGCUCCUUUGUGUGUGUUGGUGUCAGAUAUUUAUUUUCAUGUCUUUAGUGCUAUUUUGGUAACUUUCUGUGUGUGAUUAAUUGCAAUGAGUAACUUAAAUGAUAGGAGUUAUAUGUUAAGUUGUACAGAAUAUUAAUAAUUUUAUAUCAAAGAUACUGGGGCAAAUUAUGAAACAUAAAGUGAGUUGUUUAUAGUAACUUGUUUAUUGCCAAAUAUAAUUCUUUAUAUUGUUACGUACUAAUAAGGUUCAGUGUUGAUAACAGAAAUAAAAUUAGACAUUUUUAUACAAAGUCUAAA